AUGUCCGUGUCCACAGAAUCCGAGAAGCUCAUCCAGCGCAACCCGCACCCAGACUUCAAAAAGGUCGAGGCCUCGCGGCCAGACUUUGACGCCUCGGCGGCAUUCGACUACACAAAGACCCCGCAGCCGGACUGGAAGCACGGCGGCGGCGCCAACGCCCUGCCCACGGGCUCGGGCAACAAGCACAUCGCCAUUGACCCGUACGAGCCCGGCCGGCCCGCGCCCUUCAACUACAAGCUCCUCAUCAGCUCCAUCGUGCCGCGGCCCAUCGGCUUCGUCUCGUCCCAGUCGGCCGACAAGAGCACCCAGAACCUCGCUCCCUUCAGCUACUUCAACAUGAUCAACCACGACCCGCCCUUGUUCGUGCUGGGCCUGGCCGCCAGCCUCGAGCGGCCCAAGGACACGCUCAGGAACCUCGUCGAGUCGCGCGAGUGCGUCGUCAACAUCAUCUCGGAGCACUUUGUCGAGGCCGCCAACGCCACCUCGAUCGACGCCCCCUACGGCGUCUCCGAGUGGGAAGUCUCCGGCCUCACGCCCAAGUACGACUGCCACGACGUCGCCGCCGCCCGCGUCGGCGAGGCCGUCUUCAGCGCAGAGUGCAAGGUCGAGAGCAUCCGCGAGUUUGAGAGCAAGGCCACUCCCGGCAAGAAGACGGGCUGCCUCGUCGUCCUUGAGGCCACCCGCUUCUGGGUGCGCGAGGACGCCAUCAACGAGGACAGGAACCUCGUCAAGCCAGAGAUCCUCGCCCCCGUGUCCAGGCUCGGCGGCAUCACCUACGGCCGCACCAAGGAUGGGUACGAGCUGCCUCGGCCCGUGUUCGAGAAGGACAUUGGCGGCAUGGAGGGGUACGAGGCGCUCAAGAAGAAGAACGCGGAGAGCAAGUAA